AUGGCGCUUCCUCGGUUGGCAGAGAACGUCCCUCGGCUGGACAUCGAUCAUGUCAAACCCAUCGGAAUCGAAAACGGCGUCGAUGUCUCUGCGAAGAACAGGUCUUGGAGAAGCUAUCUGUGGGAUACCUGGGACAAAAGCCCAGAGGAGCGGAAACUGCUUUUCAAAGUCGAUAUCACACUCGUAACCUUCGGAUGUUUGGGAACUUUCAUCAAGUUCCUCGACAGAGCCAACCUGAACACCGCCUUUGUUUCUGGAAUGAAAGAAGACCUCGAUCUUUUUGGAAAUACUUCUUACAGCGUCGCUUCUAUUCUUGCCCUCGUCCCCACCAACUUACUGCUCACUCGGACCAAUCCCAAAUACUUCAUUCCGUUUCUCGAGAUUGGAUGGACGAUAUGCACCUUUGGACAGUCACAAAUGAGAUCGCCGACCCAGAUGUACGUCUUGCGGGCGCUUCUUGCAGUGUUUGAAACAGGCCACUAUUCAGCCAUCAUGUUUCUCUGCGGAUCUUGGUACCAAAAAGGCGAACUCGCUCGACGACUGGCAAUUGUCAACAUGGCAGCGCAAGCGGGUCCGAUGUUCAGCGCGUAUCUUCAAGCGGCAGCGUAUAAGGGAUUAAACGGUGUCCAUGGUCUAGCUGGUUGGCAAUGGCUCUUCAUUAUCGACGGUAUCAUAUCUCUCGGUGUCAUCGUCCCGCAACUUUUCCUGCUCCCCGACAUACCAUCGCGUUUGAAGCCGAAUUUCAUGUUCUCUGCGGAGGAAAUCGAGUUGGCCAGAGAUCGACAACCGAAAGAAGGUCGGGUCAGGCAAGGGGCAUUUACCCGUACCCAGGUUAUACGAUGGUUUACGACUCCUGAGAUCUGGAUCCUAUGGUUGAUCGCCGCCUCUCAAAACAUCGGAUACCUGCCAAACCAAUCGAUGGCCUUUUGGUUCAAAGCCUGGAACAAGAUAAAGAAGGGGUCCUACACCGUUCCGCAGAUCAACAACUACACCACGCCUCUUUACGCAGUCACCAUCACAGUCACCACCCUGAUGGCUUGGGCGAGCGACACCAUUUUCAAAGGUCGCCGCUGGCCUAUGCUCAUCUUAGGCGCAACCGUCAAUUUCAUAGUCUGCAUCCUCCUCGCCACCACCCCGGUAUUCCCUAAGAACAAGGCCUUCCGGUGGUUCUUAUACUACCAAACCGGCUGGGGAGAGGCCUCGAAUUGCAUGUUCUGGGCGUGGACAAACGAGAUGCUCUCUGGAGACCCUGCUACGCGUGCUUUUGCAGGCGCUGGGCUCCAAGUCUGGUCACAGGUCUUCGCUGCGACGAUUCCGCUCGCCGUAUUCCAGACAGUUGAUCAGCCCGCCGUCCGGUCUGGCAACUUCACCGCGGCCGGGUUCUGGAUUGUCCAAAUCAUCUGUGCGUCUGCGUUGGCGUAUAUCCUGCACUUCAAGCAGGAACGCGGGAUUGAGAGUUUCCCGGCUGCCGUGGCGACUGGGCCCGUCAGUGCCCACGCCAGCCUUGAGAACGUUGGUGGGCGAGAUAAGAAGGUCGAUGUCAAGUCACGGGUCUUGGAGGCAUGA